CAUGGGACUUGUCGCACACUGGGUAGGAGAUCCGCCUCACCAGUGAGAGGACUCCGGGUCAAUUGUCAGACAAGGCCAAGUGACCUAUGUUGACCUUGGCUGUCAAUUAUCAAUUUGAGGUUUAGGUAGGGGAUUAGCUAGGGUGAAUUAGGGUCAUGGGUCUACUAAACCUUUUCCUAAAUUAUUAAUCCUAAAUUAUUAGAUGGGAAGUGAAGAGUAACAGUCGUAUGGCUCUCUCUCUCUCUCUCUCUUGUCAAUCACUGUAAGUAGUGAUGAAUAAUGUAUAACCUGUCCAAACGGUCAUGAAAAUUGGCUCAUUCAUCAUUCAAAAGUGCCACUUUGAUGAUUACACGAAGAUUCAUCACAAGAGAUGUAAUAUCGACAUCAUUCGAUCUGCGAAUAUCUGAUUCAAUCUGAAUAUUGCUGUUUAAUCCUUAUCAUAACAUGAAGCAUUCAUCACAAAAUGUUAAAUUAUUUAAUUCUUACUUUCAGCAAAAUUCAAACUCUGCGGACGUGCUUUCGAUAUCGUGACGGGGAAUUGUGGAUAUGCGAGAUGGAAGGCAGGAAGAUUGACUUCCAGGAAGUGAGUGGAGACAAUCUAAUCGAGGAAUUAACUGCUCUGAUGAGCCGUACCUACACUCAGAAUGAGGACGGACCCCUGUGGUGCGUUAGACUCAUGCGGGGACAACUCACCCCCACACACGAAUGUAAUACUGGGUUCCCGCACCAGUCAAUCCUGCUCAUAAGCCUCCGUCACGACAUCACGGAUGGCAACGCUUCCUUUUACAUCUUUCUGGUGCUGCUGAAAAUCCUGGAAGAGGUCAUUGGUGGGGUUCCCAUAGAUGACGAAGAACAGGUAGGCAUCAUCGCAAACGACGAGCAGACACUCUACUUGAAGAACGAGAUCAGGGAGUAUUUGGAAGAACAUCCUGACGAGGUGGAAGAGUUCAUUGAGGGGAAUCUGCAAUCCGAGUUCACGCCUCUGCUGUACAAGGCGUUUGGCUUCCCACAGGACCCUAAGCCGACUACACACGUUACCUGAUUAGCAGCUUGGGGGCGCCAACCCUGAGAAAAUUUCAUGACAAGUGCAAAAACGCUGGUGUGACCUUCAACUCUGGGUUUGUGCUGGCCGUGAACACGGCCUUGGUCGAACUCGCGCGAGAGGCCGGAGUAGACUGCGACAGCCACAGCAUCCGAAGCAGACACACCCUCAACCUCCGCCGUUACUGGGAGAAACACAAGACAUUCUCCUUCGGCUGCCACAUCGGUAGGAUGCUCCAGACGACAAUCACUCCUCCGUACGACAAGGACGCUUUCUGGGACCAUGCGAGGAUGCUGGACGCUGAAAUGCGAGAGAAAGUGAAGACCAAACACGUUCUCAAGGAAGAGGUGGUGAGGGAGGUGAAACAUAUAUCAGAGUCUACCUUCAGGAGAGAUGCUCUAAUGCCAAUCAACUUCGACUACGCGACCUCUUUAUAAUAAGACUCAUUCAGCCUUGCCUAUAUGCAAGUUGCCCCUGUGAACUGAAAGGAAAGCCUCCAUUCUCUAGAAAAACCCUCUUUGCUCCAACUGGCUGUUCCUGGAUUUACUUCUCCACAGGGGACCCUGGAGGGGUGGAGCUACCCAGGCAAGAUUUUAAAAGAGCAGGGCCACAGCAGCUCGCUCCCAGAACCCUCAGUACCUCCUCAGUACCGCUCUAGACCGUUCAGAAUCAGGACUUCCUCAGACUUUUUCAAGCCUGCAAACUCUACUUCACCCAUUCUGCUCCCCCUGCCUCCUCUGGGGAGGUACCCCACAAGUAUUUUUAUACCUCCAUAGUGCACAGAAAUAUCAGCAGAUAAGAAGACUA